AUGAGUCGAGUGAACCCUUUUGCACCGUGUUGCAAUAAGCCACGACGGCUGAUGUUGACACUAUAUCCGCCAAAUACCUGUCAGCAGACUGAAUACAUCACCUACGUACCGCCCACAUCGGCGGCAGCCUUGACAGACCUAUUUGGACGCUGCCUCCCAAAUCUAAGCUUCGACAACCUCCAGCUUACAAGUGUGCCCGGAGCCGCCAGGGAACAACACUGCACCGCUUCUAUUCUUCUCUCCCCGCCACCUGACCCCUCGUAUGAUCAUCUCCAUGAUGGUACAAUCGUCGAGUACCCAGACGACAGUUAUGUAGAAAAUGUCAAUGUUACAAGCCCGGACAAGAUCCUCACAUUACUUGAACCUCGCAUUGCCGACGUCUCCUUCGUAUUGGACAACGUGACCAACGGUACCCUUUGCGAGCAGCUCGGAAUACCCUCGCUGGACACCGACCGAACGGCCACAUUCGGGCACUCCUUGGGAGGCGCUACAGCUGUCGAUGCCUUGCUGGCGGAGCCUCGACUUCGGGUUGGCUGCAACAGAGAUGGUGGUCUUUGGGGAGACGGGAUCACCUUGAUCAACAUUCGUCUGUACCUCCUACUUACUGCUGGAAACCACCCGGCGUGGAAUACCUCGUUGGCGGAGAAUUGGCCCUACCAGACGGGCCGAAAGUAG